GUUGUAACAUCUUUGGUGGGUGGAUGUCAGUGACUAGAAAUAUGGAAGGUUGUGAAGAAUGACAGGAUCUAAGUAAACAUGUUGUUUUCUGUUAUUUUCGAAAUAUUUAUGUCGUAGAAUGGGAGGAUGGUUAUACGUAGGAUAAUUGAUAUAUUUCUUUUGACAGUUUUUGCUGAAGGAUUUUGCUAUGCCUCAGACAUUCCGGAAUUACAAGAACGUGCUGUAGAUCUCGGUGGGAACAUCACUCUUCCUUGUACAAAGUCUGAUGAAUCCUCGGCAGUGAAUGACAGCAUUGUUUCUUGGGUGAGAGAAGGAAGAGAAGAAAUUCGACGGAGGAGAAUUCAACCAGAUGGAGCUCUUGUUCUUACAGAUCUGGAAAGAGAAGAUGCUGGAAUUUAUUUAUGCACUGUUGACAGUAGGCCUGGUUUUUCGAUAGAAAACGGAGAUGUCAGGGCUAGAAUCAGAGUGGAAGUUAGAACUCCUCCACCAGCACUAGUUAAUGUCACUGUUCGUCCCUCUACUGUAUUGGCGCUGUUGAUGUGGGAUGUAGCUGAAGAUGGAGGGUACGAAAUCACACAUUUCACUAUUCGAUUCCGCCAGAAGUAUGCCUCUGAUGAUGGCCAACCUAACACCUGGCGCUCAACCCUUCCUGAACAUAUCAGUCCAACUGCUAGGCAAGUAGAUGUUUAUCAUUUGAAGCCAAAUACUACAUAUAUAUUUAGACUGUGGGCAAACAAUCAGCUUGGAAAAGGAGUGGUGACAGAAAUGGAAGCAACUACUUCACAUGAUACACAAGAGAUUGAGUUAGCCAGACAUCUGCUGGAGGGAGCUGAGAACUUUGACACCCGUGUAUGGGUUGCAGCUGUUGCUGUCGUCAUGGGAACACUGCUGAUGCUUGCUAUUGGCACUUGUUACCUGCUGUACAAGGAAUGUCACAUUCCAUCUAUUCAUCGAGACGAGCAAGAAAUAAUAGAGCUGGUACCAAACAUCAUACUUAAUCCAGGAUUUUAUGACGGUGAUGCCCGGACGGAAGAAAUAGAGCCUGAUGAAAAUUCCAAUAAUCAAGCUACGACAAGAAUAAAUAAUAACACCAUUGUACGUCCCAUAAGGGUUUGAUAGUAGCAUUGACUUUCAACAGUUUUCUCUGUCCUCUCAGAAUGAAAAGUUCUGUGAAGUGACUCACACUGAAAUUUAAUGAAAAUUAUAUCAGGUAUAUUAUAUUGGCUCAAAAUUGUGUUGCCAUUCAGGGAGACUUGGUUGUCAUUAAGAUUUGAUUCUCAUAACUGUUUUGAAAGUGUUUACACUGAAUGGCCCGUACUGGCAGCUGCAUUACUCUAAAUUUUGUAAUAAAGGUUUACAGUAAUGUUGAAAGUUCUGGAAGAAAUUCCAGCAAAAGUGAAAUAUAAUCUGUCAUAUGUGCCUGCUAAUGAUCAGACCAUGUGUAAAAUACCAGAUCUUCUGUUGUCUUUAUUAAAUGGUCCAAAAAAAAACCUUAGACUAGUGCAAAGUUUGGGUGUAAGUACUGUGUUGAAAAGCUUUUUAUCACGCAUUGAAAAUUAAUAUUUCUUUACCAUUUUCUGUAAGGUUUUGCAACAGUGCAGUGUGCCUUAAAAAGGCAGAUUAUCAAAGAAUUGUUGUAAGACUAUUCUUAUGUUCUGUUCCUUUUUGGGGGGGGGGGGGGGGGCAGUGUGGCAUUCAGAAAAAGUCAAUUGUGGCAAGAAAAAUGUAUAACGCUCCGUAUUUUUCACUUAAUGUGUAUUUGGAAUGAGUAAUCUUAGGUAUUUAACUCUAAAAUUUGCUAUUGUAACAAGUAUAAAGCAGUGUUGAUGCACACUGCUGUCACAUAUAAUCUGUGUUCUCAAUUGUACUCGCACUCAUAUGGUUGUCUUUGGAAAACUUAUUGUGUUGUGAUCUAGAAUGUGGUUGUGAUAUAAUGCAAUUUGCACUUAGACAUAUAGUCCAUCUUCCAAUUUGUGUGUCCUAAUAUUUGUGCAUUUAUUGCCUCUUGUACUGUUAUUGUGUUUUUAGUUGUUAUUGUUUCAUACCAAUGAUAUUUCAUAAUUUUUACAUCUUUGUACAUGACAGCAAAAUAUUUUACAUGUGUUCACCAGAUACGAGUUUCUGGAAUAUUGUGUGUAAUUGAGGAGAGCGCCACGAGAUCUUGACAGGGUGAGCUAAUAAACAAGUAUUAGAUAAAUGGAGCAUCAGUUGAGCUAAAUUCAUCAGUAAAUGGCAUUUAUGUUCCUUGGCAUGUUUGGGAGGGGGAAAUGGGAGGGUCAUUGGUGUGUAACAUUGAAGGGUCCUGAUCAGUUCAAAGUUUAUGCUAGGAGUGGUGUCUUUCUGUUCUCUGACAUGGUAUUUUAUAAAAAAAAAAGUAUUUUUACGUAGUCAUACCACAUAAGUACUGAUCUCCGUGACACAUUCAGUAGUGCUUUCAAUUGAAUGUUAUUAAUAGGUGCCUUGAAUCAGAACAUUUAUAUGUAUGAACGGUUCCUUACCAUCAAUGUGUAUCACCAGUUGAAAUGUAGCUAGCUAGCACUGUUACAAAGAUCCCUGUUUUUUAUGCAUAGUGUGUAACACAUCCGUACUUUUAUAUGACAUAGAAAUGAGUGUGUGCUAGAUUCUGCUGUGUAAUAUUGUGUACUUGCACACAAGGCAUUCAGUUAUAGUACACAUUUAUCCUCCCAACCUACAUGUUGAUGUUCUUGUUGAAAUCCUGCAUAAUUAAGAUAAACGGCUAUUUUAUUCUGAAAAAAGGAGAUUUGAAUUUCAUGUGAAAAUUGGCUUUUGUGAAGCUGUCUGUCGUGUGAUAACUGUAUUAGUGCCUGUUACCCAUAAUUUGUGAAAUGAAAUGUAUGUAACUAGAAAUUAGUUUGCAAAAUUGUUUAGUAAUUAUAAAAUACAUGUGCUGUGUGUGUUUAGCGACUUAGUGUCAGACAUUAGCUUGUGAUUAGAUUGUGAUUGGCAAAAAAAGUUGCACUUUGUGUCAGUAGUGGAUUAGUUUCUGGCUAUAUGACACUGGGAGUAAAAACAAAUAAUCAUUUUGAUUAAAAGACUGAAUGAGAGCAGGGCAGUUGCUACAGGGAUAAGAAAAUUUACAGCCCUUUUAAAUGUUGGUUGUGCAUUAUUGAUUAGCAUUAGACAUGUCAAAUGUUUGACUAGGUUCUCAUGAGCAGGCAGUAGUUAAGCAAUGAGAGAUGUAGGCUGAUGCAAGUGUGAACGAGAAGAGCUAUAAAAUAUAAUAUUAAUAGCAAUGAAAUAAUAUAGGGUGCACAUAUAUUGCAGCAGUUGUUGAAAGUUGAGAAGUGUGCUGUACCUGAUAUAUUACACUUGAACAUCAAAAUGGAUAGAAAAUAUGAUAUUGAGCAUUAUCUAUGUCAAAGGAUUAAAAAAGUUAGCAUCUGCUUUAGCAGAACAGUAAAUUGCUACUUUUUGUUUUCUUUUAUAUCUACAUACUAAAUCACUGGUGUUGUGUCAGUACUGCCAGAGUUACCUGAUGUUUCCCAUCUCUGUCAUUAGUUGACAUAGAAUCAUUCUCUACUUUCACUUAGAGCAUAUAAAGUUCUUGCAGAGUUAUUUUUUCUCUCUUUGUAGUUCAUCUAAUACAGUAUUCACCUUCCUUUAAUCAUAUUUGGUGCUUUUUCUAAAAUUCUGCCUUCACUUCCUUCUUAUUUGUAGUAUUAUGGUUUCCAUUUAUCUUUCAUAUUUUCUCCCCUCUUCUCUAUUUCUUCAUCACAUUCCUGUCUCAUUUCAGCUUUGAAAUCUUUCUAGUUUUAACAUUUUCAUUUCCUUCUGCUUCUUAUUUUACAUUGUAUUACUCGAUGAUCUGCAUCUCUGGCAGGUUAUCAUCUAUUAUGUGUAAGUAAUCAAAAAAUAACUCUUCUCCUGCUUUUUAUUUAUAUUACUUCUUCUAUUUUCUGAUACUUUUCCACAGUGCUUCUUAAUAUCAAGCUAUCUGUGAGUUUUUUUUUUUUUUUUUUUUUUUUUUUACUGAAACCACAGUUACUGUUGUAAUUCUAAUUUAUCUAGUUAUAACCAAGCAGUAAGCUUUCUCAUACAAAGAAGGAUUGUGCUGUUAUAAGAUUUUUUUUUUAAAUUUCUAUGUAGGUGCUUUACACUGGUGCUUAUAGUUCUUAGUUAUUUCAUGUGAACCUUUUCCACACACUAUUCCAGCAUAUUGUUAUUUGAGCAGAGAGAGAGAAAAGAGAAGAGAUCUGGAGGCACUGAAUCUCUAAAAGGAAGAAUCUACAUAAUGUUUACCAUACUAAUACUAUUUGGAACAAAAAUAACAGUUGAAUACUAAUACUAACUGCUGCAGAGGAGUGUCUUCUCCUUUUCAGCUGCCAAAAUUGGAAUCGUUGGAUAAUAUGGCUCAGUUUCUAGCUUUUUUUAGUUUUUUCAGUGUUGUUUUUUUUUAAAUUGAUUAAUCGAGGCAAGUAAUAGAAGCACUGAAGGUGGACAGGAAGAGCUGAAAGAAAAUGUGUAUAUUCCCUGAAAUAAGAGAGAUACUAGACGUGAGAAACAAUCAAAAGUAACAAUGAUAAUUUCAUAUUUUACACUAUUUUGACUGAAUUAUUCAUUGCACACAGUCCUGCCUAAUCCAUGGUUUAGUGGUUUUUCUUUCUUUUCAAAACAUGUAACUUAUCCUUCUGUUUUUUCCAUUUUUGUUUGCAAUUAAGAAACAGUUUUAUUAUGUACUGUGAAAUAUUAAUAGUACCUGAAUAGCUUCAUAUUUUUUAAAGUACAAAUCAUGUCCAUUAAUAAGCACAAUAUUUCUUCUGCCUACAUACUUGCACACAAUAAAUGUCAAAAAUAUUAAUUUCAGAUAAUGAGUAAAUAAAGGUUUGGACAAAACUGUGGCCACAUUUCAGUUAGCUUCCAGUUUUUGCUGUUGCCUUCCUUAUUAUUCAUGUAAAGUUUCCUGAAAGUGACUGUUGGGAUUAAAAACUGUAUAUUUAUGCAGUCCAUGUCAAAGGAGCAAAUAUCAAAAUGAAACAUUAAUAAACAAUUCAUUUAGGAAUACAUCAUCACUGUCUAAACUGAAGAGCAAAAGUGUGUUUAGAAAACAGAAUAAUUACCAGUUACAUUGAGUGCUUCUCUGUCAACUGUUUAUGUCUGUGUGUGUCUCACUUCUCAGUUUUACAUUGCAUACUACUUGGUGCAUGUGAGACUGACAGAGUUUGCUCUGCCCAUUAUGACUGUUGUAUUUUAUCAAUAAUAGAUUCCACUUGUCACAUAUGCAGCUUUCAUUUUAUAACGUCCAUUUUCCAAGUGACACAGUAAGAAACCUGCAAACUUGAGACUCAGACAAGCUUUUGAUAAGUAUACAUGGAAUGCCACUUUUUCGUUUCUCUAUGCUUCAUUUUAAAUGUAUCAGUUGUAUCCUUCAAUUUUUCUCUUUGUACCGAAGAGGAUGCAUGGUGGGCCUGGUCAUUAUAUUAGAUUCUCUUUCAAGGCUGUUUGCAUGCUACAUCCGGUGUCACCUGUAGUUAAAUUUUACUGUUCUGAUUUAUUUCCUUUUUUUUUAGUGGAAGAAGUCUUUUUUUAGUAGGAUCUGCUGCAUUUGUAAUUACUGUAUUACUAUAUUUCUGCAAUUUAAAAGAAAAUGGUGAAUAACCAUACAAUUACAGUCUUUUUAAAACAAAAGUAAAAAAUAAUUUUGGCAGGCUUUUCUGUUGUGUUGCUGUUAGCAAUUAAUUUGACAAGUUUUCAUUUAAAAUUAAAUACUUCUUGUAGUUUGAGACUGUUAUCAUUGGUACUGGCACUAACAAAUUAAGAUUAUUGUUUAGGUAUAUCAGAUGUACUUUUUUUUACUUCUGAAUGCCCAUGAAAAGUGUAGAUAAUAGUACAGGCUACAAUAAGAAUGAGGUAUGAACUUGAAAAACACAUGUGAAAACUUCAAAUAAGAGUAUGCAGUAAAUUGUUGUAAUUAUCAACAAAAUAUUCCAAACAUAUAUAACAAGGACAUUUACCUUGCUGAUUUUUAAAUUUUUGGACAUAUGAUUCUUACCCGAGAAAUAAAGAAAGACCAGAAGAUAGGAUGUUAGGAGUUGUUAGUACAGAAAAAGACCUAUAAUCAACUUGUAUAUUGUUUUAAAGAAAAAUUAGUGUUAAUGAUGUGUAAAAUAGUAGUUUCCUAAGAGGAAAACUGCCAUUAUGAAACUUUCACAGCAGUUUUCCGUGACGUGUGUAGAGACUUAACUGCUCCACUAGGUCCAUGAAUUUCAAGUUGCAUUGCUUAUCACCAAAGAUAUUGUUCUGUCACUGUUGGCUGCAGUGGUUUGAAAUGUCCAUAUCCAAGUCCAACAUUCCAGGAAGUCUAUUACUCACAGAUACAUUUGUAAUUAAAAAGUCUGGAGACAUCAGCAUAAUUUUGAUAAUUUUACUGGAGACACGAUCAUUAAUUUUUAGGGCAUUGCAUGUUAGGUGCAGUGAUUCCCAUUCAGAGCCAUUUGACUUUUUUGUCACACUAUUUGUUGACUAGAUGUGUCUGCCAUAAUUCAUGUUGGUUUUUUUGUUGAUUUUUCUUGUUAUCUUCAUUAUGGCUGGCUGAUACAGGUGGAACAGUAUUAGUGGAUAGCCAGGUAAGGCAUUAGUUGUUAAUGCCUGCUCCUUCUUCCGUAAUGUUCUCACAGUGAAAUACAUCAAAUGCUGCAUUUCUGCAAUGUGCAUAAAUUGGCAAUCAACAGUUUGUCAAGCAGCACAUAAAACAUACAUAGUGUCUGUGGACACAGAUUGUGACAAGAUUAUAUUAUGAGAAAUGUAAGGGAAAAUUUCAAAAUAUCCAUAUUUGUGUGUUGUGAUCAGUUGCCGAAGCAGAUAUUCCUCUCUCAAAGCUCGCCUAUUAUUUGGUGAAGCAACUACCACUAUUCUGAAUUCCAUUUUAUGAAUAAUCUUUACUUCUUGUUGUUUCAUUGCGGAUUCGUCUUUCCUCAGAUCCUUGUGUACUGUAACAUGCUCUCUAAUUAUUAUGCAGUGAGCAAUUCCUGAUCUGUUUAUGCUUUUAAUCUUCUGACAUACAUGCACAUCUUGAAAGUACCAGAAUUAACUGGGGAAAUUUUUGUUGUAUGUGAGUGUGUCUUCAUUUUUCAUCCUGAAGAACAUGGCAGAUUUUCUGAGUCUGACAGGGUGAUUAUGUUUAUUGCAUUUGGAUAAAUGUCCAGAAAAUACACAAAUAAUUAAAAUAAGUGAACAUUAUAAUUGUGUUGUUUGCUUGCACUGUUGAAUUGUGCAUACCACUAAAUAUCUUGACUUGAAUGAGUGAGAGAUAUUACAAGCAUUCAAAAUCAGGAGUGGCUGGUUUUUGUGCAUACAAUUCUCACACCUCUCUUGUAACCUCUGAGCCGACACUAUUCAUAACUUUUACCCAUUUCUUCUCCCUCUUUUUUUUUUUCAUCCAUAUCUGCAAUAGCAAAAACUCUGGUUUUUUGUAUCUGCAUUAAUCUGGAACAUAAACGGUGGAAAAAUGCCCAGUUAAUGCACAAUACUUAUUUUAAGUAACAGAUCUGUAAAACAACAACAAUAAUAAUUAUAAUCUCAUUAAAAAUUAUUCAAGAAGCUUUUGCCUACUGUUUCAUACAUGUGUGUACUACUGUACUAUGGGUGCAAGAUGCAUCUUUAUACAAGUUAACAUUCAGAAUGUAGAACAACAUAUCUUGCAUUUUGAGUUAGUUAAAAAUAUUUGUUCACUAAAUGCAUUCUGCUCAUUUGCACGUUGUGAGAGUAGCAAUUCAUUUUCAUAAUCAGGCCUUCUACUGAAUGGUUACCAUAGUUGUUGUUGUAAGCCAUAUAUGCGAUAUAAUCCAAAACAACACUGCUCUAUAUAUAACUAAAACUAACCUUCAUGCACACAAAUAUUCAGAAAUGGGCAUUGUAGCAUGAAGCCAGUCAAGAAUCAAAUAAUAAAACUGACUGAGUGUGAUAUUUUUUACAUUUGAUGUAAAGAAAGGAGCAUGUCUUAAUCUAAAGGUAAUUUUCAUUUAUUACCAAUUUGUUGACGGUAAUGCCCAGUGCCUACAUAUUAACCAUAGUGAAUAAGCUUCAAGCACAAUGAAGUAUAUAAUGUUUGUAUGAGUGAACUUCAGCUUUAGUGUGUUAUGAAUGUCUAUUGCUGUAUUUGUGAACUUUGUAAGGUAAACUAAUAGUUAACUCUAUGUUAAGGGAAUAUAAUGUAUCUAUCAAAGUAGGUAACAGAAGACUGUACAUUAUUUGCCUGAGUUCAUCUUCAUAGGAAUACGUUCCCCAUAUUCGGUUUGGUGAUUUUUUUUUUAGUAAGUUUUACUAGUUAUACUUAGGUAUAAAUACUAGGCUAGUAAAUGAAUUUUGUAAAUGGAAUUGUGUGUAACUGCUGUAAUGAAAGCUUUGCUUGCUUCUAAUGCUGAAGCAGUUGAAUAGCAUGAAAGUUGAAAAUGUGCUUGCUUGAAAAUCUUCCAAAAUUUAAUAAUUUAUUAUUAUUUCAGAAAUAUGAAAAGAAAUUGAGAAGUAUCCUUUUUAUGAUCAAUUGCAGAAACUGUAUUUUCAGUAAAUUUCCUUCAGUAGUCUUUGUUAUACAUCAUUCAGUCAGAGAAUUUCCGUCUCAUUUUAUGUGUAGAUCUUAAAUUCCAGCUACCUUUCUAAAACAAAACAAAAAUUAGUGCUCACUGUAUUAUUGUUCAUUACAUUUUAAAAAAAAGAUAUGUGUUUUCUCAUAAGACUGUUACAGCAAUAAAAUUAUAAUGUUAUAUUUUAUUCCUUAACUGAUUCAAAGAGUACUGCAAAAAUCUAUGCAUCUGCUUGUAUGUCUAUAAAUGCAGUCAGGAAUAAUUAAAUACACGAAUUUGAAUCUCUGGUACCAUGUCUCUUUCUGCUUCAUAUAACUGAUGGCCAAUGGGAAGAUAUUUAUUAGCAAAUGCAUGUCAUUUUAUGCUCUAAAAACACAUAGGAGAAUGCACUAUUGUAAGAUUUAUCAUUUGACCAAAGACAGUUCUGUUUAGCUUUAAAUAUCGUGAUAUUUUGUGUAUACUGUUUUAAAUGUUAUCAAAGAUGUUUUUGUUAUGUUUUUUAAUGUUCAAUUGUAAUCUUUCUCACUGAAAUUGAUGUUUAUGAAAAUGCAGACAUGACGUAGCUAAGUAUUUAUAUGGUUGUGAUUUCCCAUAUAUACUUCUAAGUGAAUGUAAACAAAUUUGUACUUUUUUAUACCAUGUUUCAUCAUUACCGUUUGCAUGAAGUUAAUAUUGUUGUUUAACAUGUUUUUGUGUGUCAUUGAAAAGUGUGUGUGUGUGUGUGUGUGUGUGCGUGUGUGUGUGUGUGUGUGUGUGUGUGUGUGUGUGUGUGUGUUGGUGGGGAAUGUGAGUUCAGAAGAAAACACAGUUUGUGGUGUUGUGUCAGUUCAAUGCAUAGAAAUUUUGUACAAAAGUGUGUGUUUUUUGUUGAGUACUAAAACAAGGAUUUAAAGCAAACUAUAUCUAUUAAUACAAACAGGUUAAUGACAAAACUGUUUUUAAUUCUCUUAAAGUGCUUUUUGUGAUGUGAAACCUUUGCAGAAUGUGCAUUUUCAUUUUUCACAGGUCAAGCAUAUUUCACACUUUAUUUUCUGUGUUUCUAUAUUGAUUUUCCCAAGUUCUUCAUAAAUUGGACAAUAUGUCUUUACUUUGUUGCCACAGAACAAUCUUUGAAAUUUGUAUGAGCUUCAAUAAUGUUUGGGUGAACAAAGAACUCACAUUAACAUAUUUCUGCUAACAAGGUAGUUUUCUAACGAUGUUCAGAAAGAGGACAUUGAGUACAAGAAGAGGAAUUGAGCACCAAGUCAUUAUUAUUGUUACUGUUAUUAUUACAUUGACUUACCUGCUCCAUUCUUUGUUAGCUCAGUUUUAUAUAUGACAGUUUUAGCUUCACUAGAAAUGAGAAGUUCUUCACCCUGUUGUUGCUGGUAUACCAUGCUCUGAAAUAUUUUGCCUUGUGUGCAGAAAACUACUUACCUUUCAGUGAAGAUGUUCAUUGUUGGACAUAAACAAGAAUCUGAACCCAUUAUGUCAGUAUAUGUAUUUACACUCUUCUACAAAGCACAAAGACAUGCAUAUAUUGUUGCUCAGAAGAAAAAAAGAAUUCUUAAACAGCUGUAUUGUGUUAAGUUCCUUGUCUAUUUGCCUAUCCACUGGUUAUUGUCUCCAUAUGGUCAUGGUAACCCUCAUUCGUUCAAUCUUUUUUGUUCAGCCAUUGUUCUCCAUUUUUGUUGUGCUUUAUUACUUUGUGUUGUGAGAUCCACUUUAUUGGCUGGUGAGACUUACAUCUUGCAUUCAGUUUCACUACUGGUGUGUUCAGGGCCAGUUCGAGAACAUUUUUUCCACACAAGUGACAAAUCAUUUGCCCCCCCCCCCCCCCCCCUUUUACCUUCACUUACUUUCCCCUGCAUCAGUUUUCACUACUAAUUGUGAUACACACUGUAUAAAAAUCUUGCACUAUGACACCCCUCUCAACACAGCCCCUCAAGUGGUCACUACUAAUUGUGGCAUUUCCUGUGUAGAAAUCUUACAGUUUUGGCAUCUCUGGUGCCCCUCUCAGCUUGGUGCCCUAAGCUGCGACUUAUGCCACCUGGGCCUUAAACUAGCCACUAGGUGUGUUAUGAGGCUGAAUAGUUUUGUGUGUGGUCAUUCUUCAUAUUAUCACUUGUAAUAUCAUAACAACACCUUCUUUGUUAGUCAAUAACUUGUUUGUUGAUCUUUAUAGGCAGAUGUUCCACACUGUCCUGAUAUCUGUUUAGGUGCUCCUCAUCUUUAUACUACACUUUAGGAUAAAUUUUAGUGCCACACCAUACAAAAAUUCAGGCUGUGUAACAAAACAUUCUUGGAAACAUUGUCCUUAGUUCAAAUGAGUGAAAACUAAAAGGGUCAGUACUGGCUUGGCACUCGAUUUAGAUACUGCAACAAAAGUGCAUGUAAUAACAUUUCUUCAGUCAUUUUGGUAAAUGUAAAAAAUAUGCCAGGUUUUUGUGUAUAAUUGAAAAUUAUUUGGUAACUUUUGUAGCUACACCGAAAACCAAAUGUAAAGCUGGCUUAUGGAGCAAUAUUUUCCUUCUUUUGUAAAGAAAAAGAAUAAUGAUGUCACCAAGUGAAAGGCUGAGAUAAUGUACUAAAUCUUAUCUCUGGUUCACAAUUUGUUGUAUUUGCCAUUGAUUUUUAGCAGUUCUUUCAAUUAUGAAGCAGUUUGUCUUUUGUGGUUUGGUGUUUCUGUACCCACGCGUAACUUCCCUUAACAACUCCAGAACCUUCACCUGUCAUGAAGAACUAAGGUUAUUCUGUGGCACAACUUUUGUUCUUGUUAUAGGUAAUAAUUCUGUAAUGGUUUUACAGCGCACACUUACGGUAAUAUUGUGAAUGAGAGCUUUGAGAGGCAUGUUUGAAUGUAAAUGCGUGUUCUUCAUUUGCAUUGGAUUAUAUAAUCAUCAUAUCAGUGAUAUGCAAUGGUAUGUUUUUCAAAAAAAAAAAGAAUAUUGCCGAUGUAACAUAUUUUGUAAUGGCAAUGUCUUAAAUUUUGCAACAUUAUAAUAAAAUUUUCAAAUGUU